AUUUGUGAAUAUGAUAACGGAUCAAGCGCAGACCAAGUUUUGUGCCAAGCCAGUACAUGUUGUUGCAGAAAAGAUGGGACUUCCUGAAUGGUUGGUCAAUUUACGCCAUGAAGCCACACACACUGAACUACCAUCAUUACGAGUAUUAAAAACUGGCGUUAAAUAUGCAUUGUCAUGGUUACGGUGGGAGUACUGGGAGGCCCAUUCAGAGGUGACCACAGAUGAAAUCAGUUCAGAUGAUAUCCGUGAUGCUGUCAUUGUCUACCAACAGGCCAUGUUUCAGCGAAUACAGUCUAGAAAGAUGAAGACAAAGUGGAGUGAGAAGGCAGUAAAAGAUGCGGUCCAAACCAUUCAAGAUGUGUUGAAAAGUAAACACAGGGUGUAUUUAAUAAACACCUUGUUACAGGAUGGGUUUUUGGUUCCAACUCCAGAUCAACUUAAAGUAUUAGGAAUGACUGCAGAUGACUUGAGCACCUCACCACUGCCAGAGAUAGACAACGCCCUCUUACAGUUCUGGACGCCUGUGUUAGAGCUGUUCCAUCAAUUAGACUACAUCCCACUGCUUGUACAGAAUCUACUACAGGAGUUAUGUAAAUGUAAUAAUCAGGAAGCCUUUGCAACAAGAUGUCUAGCAGGAUGGACGGCGUGCCUUGUGAAAGCUGUAAUAAAAACAGGUGCCACGACCGGUGACUCGACCUCCCCAGGGUCAAUGUACAACAUGCAGUGGAGACACUUACUAGACCUGUGCGUAGAGAACCCUGCCAAAUAUACACUAGCUUUACUACCAAGUAUUAUUCCUUACGUGCGUCCAGCGAUCACGAACAACGCACAAAAACAAAUCUCUGAACUGACUGAAAUAUAUUUAAAAACCGAGAUUCCGUCUGGGGUGAAAGAGAAAGUAGAAAACAAGAUGAUUUAUACUGUUGAACAGAUAACGGAAAGGUUAAACGAAAAAGAAUCAUGUGAAGAAAAAAAUGAUACCAGUGGUGAAAAAAAAAUGGAUGACAAAAAAGCUGCAACACCUGAAAAUGUGUUGCCAUGGCAACUAUGCACAGAUUCCAUCACAUGGUCACAGUACCCCAUGGGAAUGGUUCCAGGUCAGCCAUUGGAUGAUCCCCACUACCUACAAUUACCUCAUGAUUUAGAUGGUGUACCUACCAGUACUACAGAAAACACUCCUACAAUACAAAGGACACUGGUUCCCAUGGAAACCAUAGAAAACUCUACAGAUGACUUGAUGUAUACUGUUAACACCAACAAAACUUGGACUUCUGAAGAAAUGAGUGCUAUCACACAGAAAAUGACUGUUUUCUAGAAUUUAUUGCUGUCUUUGCAGAUUCCAAGCAAUACUUACCCUGUUUUUUUACAACAUUCAACUAUCUGCAUUUGAUUUGCUAUAGCGCCCUCAUGCACCAAGGAGGAGAAAGUUUAUUUUAUUUUGCAAAACCGGUUUUGCACAAAUAAUUUGAAUAAAGAUUUACAUUUCUUGUAUGU